AUGAGCUUAGAAUCUGUAAUUGUAAAUGCUAAAAAAAAAUUGAAAUCUGUGGAGACUGUUACAACUUCUUUGCUGGGAUACAAAUUUAUUGAAGUGAAAAAAGAUAAUGGAGAAAUAAAUGAAGAAGUAGUUGUCGAUUCUUGCACUGGAUUUGUAAUAGAUUCUACACCUGAUUUAAAAAUUGCACAGAUUCUAGAGUAUUUGUUUUUAGGAUCUCAAGAUCCUGCUUUUAGUGUGAUUUUGCUCGAAGACCUUGGAAUCACUCAUGUAUUGAGUAUAGGGGUUGAUUUGCCCAAGUCAGUAUUUUCUCCCAAAAUUAAAUAUGCAAAAGUGAAUCUUUUCGAUGAACCAGAAGCACCUUUGUUAAAUAUAUUAAACAUUUGUUCGAAUUAUAUUGAAAGUGUUAGAAAAGAAAAUAAAAAAAAUAAGAUAUUUGUUCACUGUAAUGCUGGUUACUCUCGUGGGCCUUCAAUUGUACUGGGAUAUCUAAUUAAAUUUUGUAAUUUCUCAUUUGAUGCAGCAUAUGAUUUUGUAAAGAAAAAAAGGAAUAUCAAACCAAAUGAUGGAUUCAUAAAACAAUUGAAAAAUUAUAACAAUUAUUCAAGUCAAAAUUUGUUUAUAAAUGGUAGCGAUUUACAAGUGUAUUAG